AAAUAUGAUCUGAGUAGAAAAUAGAAAAGAGAGAAGGUCGGGGUGCAAACACAGAGAGGAGGAACCACCGAAGUGCUGAUUUGUGAGCUAAAAGAGGGACACGAACGGAGGAGGAUCACACGGAGAGACGCGGCGCUUGGGGAAAAAAAUAAAGGAAGAGCGAAAAAUUUAUUCACUUCCACGCUUCCUGUCUGCUCCCACGCGGCGUUACGGUGCCACGAGUGGGUCGUCAGUGGACUCACCACCUUCUCUACCCUCACAGCGCAUUUCUACAGCGCGGCGCGGCCGGACUCGUCCUGCGUGCGGGGCGCACCACGCGGCACAAGCGAACACCCAGCCAGGCUCACGGCGCAGCCUCCCGAGUCCGCAGAGGGGAGAAGAGCCAUGGAGAGCGCCGCUAACAGCUCAGACCUCCGGAGCCAGCUCCCGUUCUUCGGCCAGAACGGCAGCAUCUGCCGGAACGUCGCCGACAACGGCAGCUUCGCGGAGAUGCGAUGCGGCGGCGACGGGAGCGGGGACGACGGCGUGUCCCGCAGCCUGGACGGAGACGCCAACCCCGUCAUCAUCGCCAUCAUUAUCACCGCUGUUUACUCCAUAGUUUGCAUGGUGGGGCUGGUGGGAAACGUGCUGGUCAUGUACAUCAUUGUAAGGUACACUAAGAUGAAGACAGCCACCAACAUCUACAUCUUCAGCCUGGCCCUGGCGGACGCCUUGGUCACCAGCACGCUUCCCUUCCAGAGCGUCAACUACCUGAUGGGCACCUGGCCGUUCGGGGACAUUUUGUGCAAAAUGGUGAUGUCCAUCGACUACUACAACAUGUUUAUCUCCAUCUUCACUCUCACCACCAUGAGCAUCGACCGCUACAUCGCCGUGUGCCACCCGGUCAAGGCGCUGGACUUCAGGACGCCGCGGAACGCCAAGAUCGUCAACAUCUGCAACUGGAUUCUCUCCUCGGCCAUCGGGAUCCCAGUGACGUUCCUGGCCUCCACUGUCACCAACGCCAACAUUAUCGACUGUAAGCUGGACUUCCCCAGCCCUGCAUGGUACUGGGAAACCUUAAUGAAGAUCUGCGUGUUCAUCUUCGCCUUCAUCAUGCCCAUCCUCAUCAUCACCGUCUGCUACGGGCUCAUGAUCCUGCGGCUCAAGAGUGUCCGGAUGCUGUCGGGCUCCCAGGAAAAGGACAGGAAUCUUCGACGAAUCACCCGCAUGGUCCUGGUGGUGGUCGCCGUCUUCAUCAUCUGCUGGACCCCGAUCCACGUCUUCGUCAUCAUCUCUGCUCUGAUCAACAUCCCCAGCUCCACCCUGCAGACCGUCACCUGGCACUUCUGCAUCGCCCUGGGCUACACCAACAGUAGUCUGAACCCCGUUCUUUACGGCUACCUGGACGAGAACUUCAAACGUUGCUUUCGUGAGUUCUGCACCCCGAGCGCUUCGGUGCUGGAGAUGCCAAACUCAUCCAGAACCGGAGCCACCAGCCGCAAGGCCCCAAGGCGUGAACACAACGGCACAAACACGAGCGAGAGAUCCAAUCAGCAGGUAUGACUAGCCUUGGAGGGGUCGUCGGUGGACUCCCGCUGUUGCGGAGGAGCUGCCAACGACGAUCUCAACUCUGAAGUCACGCAGGUCACCACAGGCCUAUAAUUAGUGCACGGAAACCACACAAGCAAGCCUCAAAACACAGAAACACGGCCGACACGGAAGAGCACAGAUCACCUUCGCCGCUCCCAGCUUCUGUAGUUCUGCUGGAAGUUGGGUUGUAAACCUGCAACUUCAUGCUUUGUGAUUUGAAACAAAUGAUUCUGUUUUCAUAGAAACAAGACAGUUGGGAGAAGAAAAAAAAAAUCAAGAGUCAUUAAAAGAAACUCACUUUUCUAGAAGGACGAUAUGCAUUCUAGGUAGAAGUAUUUCCCGGUAACAAGAUAGAAGGAUUGAUUGAUCUAUAAAACCACUUUUACAGCCUGGUAAUAUGCUUCUUUCUGCCUUAUUAAUCCUAAGCUCCGGCCUUAGCUCUGAGCUUAUCUGUAACGCUUUAUGAUGAGCUAACAAGUCAAUUGUUUGCCUUUGUUCGUUGGCCUUCAUGCCACUUUUCCUCCAGAUGUUCUUUUGAGGAUUCAAAUGGCUGAAGAUUGUUGGAAAGAAAGGGUUUGUGUUUGUCACUGCUGGAAGACUGCGGUGGUACUUUGGCCUUCAAAGAGACUUCACUGAAUGGGAGGUGAAAUUCGGAACGAUUUCCCUCCGCUGCGCUUUUCAAAAUGCCUUUGUACAGCUGCGGCGGGGGAGGGCACCUCGCCUGAGCAGUGAACACCGACCGCUCCGGCUUCAGCCACUUCAGGGCUGCGCCGUCCGUCGCCGUAGUUAUCCCCAUUUCCUCGCCUACGAUUUCACCGCGGUGGACGAAUGAAAACUGUGAAUUGUACGCUCUCCUUCUACGGAACCGGAGAAGUUUCCGAAUGUACAUAAAGGGAACCAUUUGUGUUUGUUGCAGUGGAUCAUUGUGCUCCAAACCAGCAAGAAGACUGUCUGUGCAGCCUGCACAGCACGCCAUUUUAGUGCAAACACGUCUCUGCUGGUGUAUGAUUAGCCGCUGUUGGGCAGCUAUUAUAUGAAGGAACUUAAAGAUGGGCCAAACAGGAGCGUACAGGGCAUUGUGUUAUUUCUAUGUAAAUAUGCUUGUGCCGACAUGUUGUGUAUCUACAUGUGAAAUGCCUUGUUAAGUCGCUCUGCUUGACAUUCUCUAAACCAUAUUUUUUUAUUAUAAAGCUUUGUAAAAGAGGAAAAAUCUUUCUAGAUGUAAAUUAGUGUAAGUGUUCAUUUGCUGAAAUAUAUGUGGUAAAUGCAAAAUCGUGACAAUGAUCGUCACCAAAUGGAGAUUUGUUUUUGCUUUUUUCCCAAUCAGACGUGUUGGUAACUGCAAAUGUUUUCAAAUCGAUGUUACAAUGUGACAAACUUUCUGCUUUGAGUGAAAUGCGUUGCAUUUACUUUGCGCAGGUAAUUGGUUCAUUUUUUACUCGCACGGCUUUUCAGCCAUCUGUUAAAAAAAGAAUAAAUGAAAUGUCAAUUGCAAUUUCUCGCAGAUGGCUGAAAACGUGACGGCUGCCACCAUCUGUAUAAUCCAUAAACUGUAUGUUCAGUACUUUUAGACAUCUAAGCUCGAAAAGGCAGAGUAGCAACACGUAGCGUUUCCAAUACAAAGUUGUAUUGGAAUAUCUACAAUCUAUGUCCCAAACCAUGGACAGGGUCCUUAUGGUAGGAAUUAUAAAUAUAAAUGACGCCAGCUUUUAAUAUUUUUUCCCCCCCAUCAAGUCUCCUGUAUGCUUUUUGAACUAAACAAAACAUGUCCUGCAGCAUUUCUCUGUUCAUGCCAAACUAUCUUUCAAAAAGCAUUUUUCAAACAAUAUUUCAAUUCAAUUUUUAUGUUCAUUCCCUCUAAAAUUUCAUGCUUUGUUUCCACUAGAAGAAGACGUUUGCUCAAUAUCCACCUUUGUCGACUUUAUUCAAUAAAACUUCUAUUCAACAAGUAAAGUGCUCAGACUUUUGCAUCCCUAACGAAACAUGUCGAUACUCUAUAGGACCAGCUUGAAAAGAGAUGUUCUUUUCUCCAAGGGAAGCAGGUAGAGCAGAAGGGAAGUGAGGGGCUCUCGAGGGACAACAUGCUGCUUUCAUUUGGCCAGUGCUUGCUUUUUGAACAAUUAACCCCUAAAAUGUCCUGCUUAUUAGGACAUAAUUUAGAUGAUUUACAAAAAGAUACAAACAAAAAUGGAACAAUAACAAUAAAGACGAUUCUCCACAUGGAGCUGUGAUUGCCGCUCACAAACACAAAGCCACAGAUUACAGUUACAGGCCUGCUGCUUUCUGUGAAUAGUCCAAAAUAUAACAUUGUUCCUCAAUUAUUGCUCCUGUAAUCAAACGCACAGACCUGAAGCUCGAAAGGCAGCAGAAGCUGCAGGGCAGGAAAAUAACGCAACGAUGUUGCAUUUGCAUUUACGUAUGGCACAAGGAGGACAAUGACUGUUCAUUUCUGAGCCGUUUCAUGACUUGCUAUGUUGUCGUAAAUAACUCGUCCCGUGACUUAUUCCAUGCCACGUGAUCCGGUUUUCAAGCUGCAUGUAAUCUGUUGUCCGGACGCUGGUGUCUCGUUAAUAGAUGCCAUUCUAAGAUGCUUUACUAAUAUUAUCAUGGAGAAGAAGAGAAACUGUAAAUGUCACUGAAUGUCUUUGUUUCUUGCUCCUGAAUAAACGAUCAGCUGCUCUGAA